AUGUCUGUUACAGAGGUGAUCAGCUACGACUCGUCGCGCGGCGGAGUGAGCGUCAUCACCGAGAAGGGCGAAGUCACCACCUCCUACCUGCUGAUCCAGCACGCGGAGCUGGCCGACUCGGGGAAAGCUAUUUGUCGAAAGAACAUUCAUAUCGCAACUGCUCACUUGGAUGGUUGCACGCCGUCAAGCAGCUCUGAAUCAGCUCAAGGAUCGCGGCCUCGCCUCCCAACCACUCGCCAUCAAUCCCGGCCGCGCUGCUCGCAGGCUGAGCGGAUGCGGCGGGCGACCGCGUCGCAGUGUCGCCCGCGUGACGCCGCCCCGCGAAGCCGCCCCGUCCGCCCGCCCCGCCCAGCCCCGCCCCGCCCGCCCACGCUCCGCCAACAGCUAACGCCCGCCCCGACUCGGCGCCCGCCCGAUCGCACCCGCAUUCGCACCGCUCGCCCCGCCCCGCCCGCCCCGCCCCGCCCCGCCCCCCCCCGCGCCGCCCCGCCCCGCACGACCCGCCCGCCCCCGCCCCGCCCCGCCACGCCCGCCACGCCCGGGCGCCGCUCGCGAGAAUCUGAAAAAAGAAUGAGCGUGAAAUAA